AUUAUAAGUUUGUGUCCCCAUGAACUGCUGUCACACUACUUGUAACUACUCAAGUCCAUCUCUCCACCUUUUUGUUACAGAAAUGACCACUGCUGGUAAUGUCAUCAAGUGCAAGGCAGUAGUAGCCUGGGAGCCCCAGCAGCCUGUGGUGAUUGAGGAGAUAGAGGUAGCACCACCCCAGGCCAAUGAGGUCCGCAUCAAGAUUGUUUCAACAGCGCUGUGCCAUUCAGACCUGUACUGCCUGUUGAAGGUUGUGGAGAAGGAAUUUUUCCCAGUCGUCCU